GACAUGGAUUCGAUAUGGAUUCGAUAUGGAUUCGAUAUGGAUUCGUCCCAACUUUAAACAACUUAAACAAUGGUGGACCUUCUUUAAACCAUCAACUCUAGGUUAGAAUCUAAUGCCAGAUAUAUUGUUGAUCAUCACGAUCCCGGUUCCAUAUAGCAUCUUUGUCGCGUGGAGUAACCCUCUACGUAUCUGACUAAGAUGCAUCUACCGGUGCAGACGCUGUCAAUUGCUUUGUUGUUAGCUCUGCCUGCUGCCGUGCGCGCCGUCUUCAAGGACGAAGUUGGCCACAUCGACUUCCACCACGAGCUCCUCGGUGUUCCCCAACGCGAAACCACAUUCUUCCACCGCCCGAGGCCUCAGGAAAAGGCUAGCCUGCUAUAUACUCUUAGCGACUUGGGCGUUCUAGGCGCCGUCAAUCCCGGCAACGGCGCUGUCGUAUGGAGACAGUUGUUAAAUAAGAAUAUCACGGAUGGUGGUGGCCAUCUACGAGCUGGAGAGGAUGAGACAUGGUUAGCGAGUGCUUUGGGAAGCUCGGUGCAUGCGUGGGAUGCUAUUAGCGGCCGCAAUGUCUGGACACUUGACUUCGACGGGGCUGUCAAGGACCUGGAAGUUAUGGAGAUGACUGAGAAAGACCAUAAGGACGUCCUAGCGUUAUAUCAAGAAGACGAUGCAACGGUUGCACGGAGGAUACACGGUAUUGAGGGGCGUGUGGUCUGGGAAUUCAGGGAGGUUACUAAAGGUGUUCCUCUGCAAGUCAGCACCAACGUCGAAAAGGUCUUUGUCGUCACUCUACAUGGAUCACUGUUAUCCUACAACCUCAAGGUUAUCGUGCUGGAUACCCUCACCGGGAGGAAGCUAGACGAGAUUGUUCUUGGAACUAAGGGCGAGGUGCAAAAGCCGGAGGAUGUCCAGUUCGUCGGUGCCAACUCCGCGGCUCCCGUCGUUGCUUGGACAGACAACACUUUAACGAAGCUCAAGGUCAACGUCCUCGGCUCUAAGAACAGACAGGAGUUCCCUCUCGUGGCUGAUACGGUUAGUGUGGAAGUCCAUGCUCCGCACACCGUCCGCUCUUCGCCGCAUUUUCUCGUACACACUCGAACUAAGACGGGAAGUAGGGCUGACAUAUUCCACGUCGAUCUCAAGAGCAAUGCCAUUAGCAAAGCAUACGACUUACCAUUGCUCGAGGGUGGAAGUGCAUUUUCUACUAGCUCAUCUGACGCCAAUGUCUACUUCACUCGAGUCACUGCCGAUGAGGUCAUUAUUACUUCAUCCGUCUCUCAUGGUAUUUUGGGUCGCUGGUCCUUGAAUACAGGAACGGAAAAAUUAGAUGCUGUACACGGUGUCUCUGAGGUUAUUAAGAAGUCGGAGGAUAACUAUGCCGUUAGAUCAGCUGUCGUCACCGACGCCGACGAUUGGACACAAAUUGUUAAUGGCGAUGUAUCUUGGACUCGACCCGAAGGACUAAGUGGUGCGGUCGCUGCUACGUGGGCGGAAAUUCCCGAGUCGGAAGAUCUGGCGAAGACGCUAGAGGCCGAAGCGCAUACUGAUCCCUGGUCCGCUUUCGUUCAUCGCGUGACUCGUCAUAUCGACGAGCUUCAAUACUUGCCCGCGUACUUGCAAACAGUCCCCGAGCGUAUUUCGGCUAGUCUUCUUGGCUCGGAGACUACAAGGUCAAGCGAAACCCUGACACGAGAUAGCUUUGGAUUCAAUAAGCUCGUCGUUCUAGCGACAAAGCGCGGUAAGCUGUACGGUCUCGACACUGGCAACCACGGCAAUAUUGUCUGGUCUAAGUCGGCAAGCGAGACCCCUGGAAAGAAGCCAUGGGAUGUGAAGGCUAUCCAUGCUGAUGAUGUGAAUGGAUUCGUUACCGUCCGUGGAGCUGAUGGUGAAUUUAUUAUCGUUAAAUCCGAUACUGGCAAGACUGUUGAAUCGAUGCCGACUGGUUUGUUUCCGGCGAUUGAAAGUGCCGUUGUGGUGGACAGCGAUGCCGGGCCCUGGUUGUUGCCUGUUGGCGAAGGUGGGAAGAUCGCCGAGAUAAAUAGCACGUGGGCUCCCAAGCAGACCGUUGUCACACGGACGAGCGACGGUGGAAUCAGGGGGGUGAAGUUUGUUACUAAGGGCGAGCAAGCUAUCGAAGUUCCGACUUGGUUCUUCAACCCUCCUGCGGGACAGAGAAUCAUCGAGGUUGCAGGUCGCUCUACACACGACCCGAUUGCAUCUAUAGGCCGAGUACUUGGAGACCGGACCGUCAAAUACAAGUACUUGAACCCCAACACACUGGUGGUCGCCGCAGUCGACGAGAAAGCGGCCUCCCUCUCGGUCUACCUCCUAGAUACGGUUUCCGGACAAGUAUUAACUUCAUCUACCUACGAAGGUAUCGACCCAACUAAAGACAUCACCUGUGCCGUAGCCGAGAACUGGUUUCUAUGCUCUUUCUUCGGCCAAUACAAAUUACGAGACUCUCAAUCCCAGAGACUGAAGGGAUACCAAGUUGUCGUAUCCGAUCUAUACGAAUCAGAUAACGCAAACGAUCGCGGCCCGCUCGGCGACUUAGUUAACUACUCAGCCCUAGAUCCAAUCGAUCUGCCUACUGGCCCAUAUCUCCCCUCCGUCGUGUCCAAAACAUUUAUCCUCUCAGCUCCUAUCAAAUCCCUCGCCGUGACAAAGACACGCCAGGGCAUCACAUCUCGCCAGCUACUGGCAUACCUACCGGAAUCCCACUCUAUCGUUGGCAUCCCACGCAUGGCCCUAGAGCCUCGCCGCCCCGUGGGCCGGGAUCCGACACCCGCGGAGCUGGAAGAGGGGCUGAGCAAGUACUUCCCGGCCAUCGAGUUAGACCCACGUAUGUUGAUCACGCACCAGCGUGACGUGCUAGGUGUUAAGGAGGUGAUUACGGCGCCGGCGGUGCUCGAGAGCACAAGCUUGGUUCUAGCGUACGGUAUUGACGUGUUUGGUACGAGGGUCACGCCUAGUCUGGCGUUUGAUGUCUUGGGUAAGGGGUUCAAUAAGCUGGCGCUCGUAGGCACGGUCGCGGCACUUGUCCUGGGUGUAGGUGCUUUGAGGCCUAUGGUCCGGAAAAAGCAGAUCGACGCUCGGUGGCAAUCUUAAAUGGAUUAGGUUAGGGGAUACGAGGGAAUAUCACAAGUUUUGAUAUAAGAGAACGGGAUAAGAAACAUGAAGUGAUUGAAACGUGUGAAUGAAGAGAAAUACUGUAGGCAUUGUACAUUAUUGUAAGGGGGAAGUGAUGGUACCAUGGUAUCAUGAAUAGGUGGUCAGAUGCUAUGCGUAGGGAAGUGUCUACUACGAAUGAAACAAAACAAAUAAAUACAUCUCGUCUGUCUAGCGUCUGGAUUUAUUUUGGUUUCUCUAUUUUUAUAGUAUUUAAGACUGGGGAGAUUGGCAUGGACCUAUAAAUGUGGCAUCGCAGAAUCAAAGGUUAUGUAUCGCAACAGCCGAGAAGCCUCCACUCUACGAAUUGAGUGCCCAAGUAGUAAGAGUGGCAAGCGAUGAGGUCUUUUCAGCGCCUUUCAUCGGUUUUUAAAUCGUCUGUAAGCCUGGUUCUCCAUUUCCCCCCUUUCCCCCCUUCCUUAUGAUUGUACUGCUGUAUUGGUCAUAAUAUAUGUAUUUCAUUCGACAGCCGAUGUACUCUAGCCUAGCAUAAUGACUAUUAGACCCAGACCAUCUUAGAGAGACAGUCUAUCUCGAUCUUACGUAUCUAGUAGGUCAUAUAACGUUAAACACAGACGGUUAGUUAAUUUGAAAAUCUUUAUUUUGUUUUAUUCUA